ACAUAAAGGUGGUUCAUCGCGGUUGCGACACAGUCCUCGCACGGACAUCAUUCGCCGCCGUUGUUCCGAGUGACAUUGCUACGAUGAUCGCGUACGGAAUAGUGUUUUUGGUUGCGGCAUUUUGCAACGUAAACGGCGAAGACGCGUAUUUGCCGUCGUACAUCAAACAAUGCAGCUACAACGACCCCGAGUUCGCGGCGUGCGUGAAGCAGCAGGUGGUGCUGUCCCUGCCGCAGUUCACCAAGGGCAUCCCGGAGCUGGGCGUGCCUUCCAUAGACCCCAUCAGCCUGGACGACAUCAUCAUAGACGGCAACGGGCUGAAGCUGUCCUUGAGAAAGGCACAGAUGCAUGGUCUUAGCACCGUCCAUGUAACAGAUCUCAAAGUAAACUUAAAAGACGAGAGUUUCACCCUGAAAUUUGUUGCCAAUAUGAGUGUCUCAGGCGUAUACAACAUCGAUGGCCGCAUCCUAGUGCUGCCGAUAAAGGGAGAUGGAGAUUGCUUGAUUUUAGCCGAUAACACUGAAGUAGAAAUAAGCAGCAAAUUGACUCCAGUAAAGGGCAAGAACGGGGAACACUUGAAGCUAGUCACCCCGAACUACAAGUACCAGAUAGAGAAGACCACCUUCCAGUUCAAGAACCUGUUCAACGGCAACAAGGAACUGGCGGACUCCAUGCACCAGUUUGCGAACGCGAACUGGAAGCAACUCAUGGACGACCUGGCGCCGCCGGUGAUCAAGCAAAUCGUGCGCACGGGCGUCAAGGCCAUCAACAAAUUCUUCAACAAAGUCACCGUUCAACAACUCAUUAAUGAUUAUCCGCUUAAUUAAUUGAUCGUAUAAAAAGGAGGAUCCGUCAGAUCU